AGGAAAAAAUGCCAAAGAAAAGCAAAAAAUUAAAGAAGGCAAUGGUGGUUGUAACUUGGUUAGAUAGUGAUAUUUCAAGUUCUGAUGUUGAAAAAGAAAAAGUUGAAGAAAGAGCAAAUUUAUCUCUGAUGGCAAGGGAUGAUGAAUCCGAGGUUGAGCUAAAGCUAAAAGACACAUGUUCAAGAGCUCAACUAAAGGAGAAACAGCCUUGGUAUAUGGACAGUGGCUGCUCAAGGCACAUGACUAGAAACGAAAUGCUAUUUGCUCAACUUGACAAGAAAAAAGGAGGUAUCGUAUCCUUUGGUGAUGAUUCGAAAGGUAGAAUUCAUGGCACAGGAACGGUUGGUAAGAACUCUCAAACUCAAAUUAGUCAUGUGUUGUUGGUUAAAGGAUUGAAACACAAUUGAUUAAGUAUAAGC